CUCCAAAAUCUAAGAAUUCCAAGCUUCCUCUUUGGACAAUCCAUGGGAGGAGCUGUUGCUUUAAAGAUUCACCUUAAACAACCUAAGGCAUGGAACGGCGCCGUUCUUGUUGCACUGUUGUGUAAAAUUGUCGAUGACAUGGUUCCACAAAAGUUGCUAGCUCAAAUUCUUAUCGGUAUCGCUAAUAUUCUACCAAAGCUAAAGUUAGUUCCACAGAAGAAUUUAGCAGUUGCAGCAUUUAGAGAUUUGAAGAAGAGAGAAAUGACAACUUAUAAUGUCAUUGGCUACAGAGAUAAACCCUGUUUGCGGACUACUGUGGAGAUGCUUAAAACGACUCAAGAAAUCGAAAAGAGAUUCGGAGAAGUAUCUUUGCCAUUGUUAAUCCUUCAUGGACAUGCUGACAUUGUGACUGAUCCGUCAGUGAGCAAAACAUUUUAUGAGAAAGCUUGCAGCUCAGGCAAGAAGCUUAAUACGCAUCCUGGGAAGGCGACUGCAGUAUUCCAAAUCGAAGGCGACCUCAUGUUCAGACAGCCGGAAUUAAACGUAUAAAAGUUACAAGGUAAGCUCCUGCAUGACAGUAUGAUUAAUUGGAACAAUUUAUACAACAAAUAUGUCUUAGCCUUGCCAUGAGGUACCAGCUGCCGGAUAAGUACUUCAGUUACUACAGAAAUGGAAGAAAUUGAAGGAAGCUCUCAGACAGGUCUUUACCCUUACUUGGCCUAAGUGAUUGGAAGAUGAAAGCAACCAAUAGUAGUCACGACACCUAAUGAUGCCAGGCCACUAUCAAGAAUAAUUUCGAACAACGUCGCCACCGAAUCAGUACAUAGAUUUCAAAAUGGGAGCUUAGUCAGGAUUCAUUCGGUUUGAUGUACCUGAAGCUGCUCAGAAAGCACGUGUUGCUGCAGUUCUUUUUGUUUUAAUACCCUGAAGCUUGUGUAUGGAGGACUGUGUAGCGGUAUGAUUAUACUGACUUUUACUAUUCUGUUUGUGGUGGUCGAGCUAUGGGUUACUCACCUAGCAUAAUUAUUUUUUUCAACCUAAUCAGACACUAAUUGACAGCUGAUAAGUGUUUUUAGUUUUGGAAAUUUCAGCACCAUCUACUCACUGAUUUGGAAAUUUUAGGAUUUGUUUGACAACUGAUAUGUUUAAAAUGUUGGUUUGCUUAAAGCUGUGACUUACCUUUCAUCCUAUUAAAGUAAAUUCUAUUGCCUAAUGUGAUGUUAGUGUUCAAUUUGGCUUAUGUUUAUUUAGAUUUGAACUCAUUACUUUCCAGGACUAAUACGCCAAGGUGGAACGUUAAGUUUAUCAUAUGAAGCAGAGAGGUAUCAACUUUAUUCCGUAAAGGUUUUGCACUUAACAUUACAUUGUUUAUUUUUUUUUUUUAUAAUUUAACUUUAGCUUACUAAUCAUAAUUUGAUAUGGUUAAUUAUAAUUGGUCCCUAUUUGUACCAAUUUUCAUUCAUUACAUGUUAAUUUCUGGUACAUGAUUUGUCUUUUGGAGAAAAUCACUGUUGCAUAACUUUGGUGAUUAUAUAUAUUUUUAGUAUUUAGUAGAAACAAUACAUAUCUAGAGACUGAAUAAGAUUAAUAUUUUUAUAUUUUAAAUAAUUUACCUGCGGAUUUACCUGCGGAAAUUUUCUGCGGAUUUACCUGCGAAAUUUACCUGCGGAUUUAGCUGCGGAAUUACUUGCGGAACUUCCUGCCGAAAAUAUUACCCACGAAGGUUUUAGCUGGGGACAUAAAACCGCAGGUAAAGUGUUUCCUGCGGAAAUUUAGCUAAAAUCCGCAGGAAAUUCGAGUAUUUCUAGUAGUGAGACGAAAGCCAAAAAGAAAGUGAAAUACAAAGACUCAAAGAAAAUACACAAACUAAAUUAAAAGUUUCGUUAACUUUCGGGACCAAUGAACUAUUUAAGUUUCAAAUUAAUUAUGGACUCUCCCGAUACAAAUGUCUCCAAUUAAUUUACAUAACCAAUAAAAAUUAAAGUUUAAAUUACAGUUAAACAAAUCCAAAAAAUGAGAACUGUCUAGUUUACAUUUUAGAUUGGAGUCAAAAUACUGUGUAAAGAAUAAUAAUUACUGUAAUAAUUAAGGAAAAUUUGGCAAAUCAUAACACCAAAUAAUAACAUUAAUAGUCAGCAAGUAUUAAGUAUUCAUCAAGAGCCCGCAUUGGAACAUGAAGUUCAUAGUCAGUAAAAUCCGAGUUUGACACUUUAGCAAUCUUUGCCAAUAGUUUGAAUGGUCCAAAAUAUUACAUCGACAAUUUUUUAUUCUUUCUCAGUGCCGCAGAAUAUUACCUUGCAUCUAUGUUGGUUAAUUGCUCUUUAAUUUUUAUAAGGUCAUUCGUGGAGUAAGCUUGCUUGAUCAACGUAAGAGGUUCUCUUCCAUACAAGACCAUAAAGGGUGUCAUUCAUACCAGUAUUCUGCCCAGGGCAGUUCCUUGACACAACCUUUAGUAUUUUCAUGAGUAAAACAUCUAAGGUACAUUUAUAAGCACUUGUUAAGUAUCUCCGACUUGGUUGAGAAUGAUAGGUGGAGGAGGAAAUGGCUAGUGUAGUCCCUUGUAAUUUAAAUAGAGAUAAGAAGUUGAAGGCCCAAUAGAAUAAAAAAACAGUCAGUUAUGUUAAAGGAUUCCGUGCUACAGUAGGGAGGUGCAAUUAGUAUGUUUCUUUAAGUGUUGUUUGUAUUAGCCCAUGGCCCAAUUAUUAGUCAAAGCCCUACUAUAUAAUUGUAUGCUACCUCCUUUAUGAAAUUAAGAAGAAAAUUUGUUUUAUUUUAUUGUCUUUUUAUGCAUUCUUAGAUCUAGGGUUAGAACACAAAUCUAUCAUUGGUGCUUUCAAUGAUCCUUCUCAAUCCUUCCAUGGCUCCAUCUAAACCCACAAACCCAUCUUCUAAAGAGAUUUUGGAUGAAGCUAUUCAAAUCUCUACUCUCCAUCUCAAUAAUGCUAUGACUGAAAAUCAAGAGCAAAUGGAUGUAAGGUUUGCACAAAUUUCAUCAGCAUUGGCACAACAAGUGGGUGAACUACAUUCAAGGAUGGAUAAUGAAAAAGAUGUGGAAGAUUCUAGGUUUGAAUCUCUCAUGGCUGCCCUUCAAAAGAUUUCAUUACAACCAUCAACACUUGCAGCUGUUGUUGCUGCACAGACGACUAGUUAUUCGGGUAUGGAGGUAAAUUCAUCUACCAUCUAUUUUGGUUCCCCACCUUUCACUCAUGUUCUCACACCAUCUUACACACCACUGAGAUCGUCCACCACCCCCACCACCCAACCAUCCAAUCUGCUGUCUACACACCUACAAUCCUCACCACCGUACCACCACACACAACCAAACCACACACUGCCCCAAUUCCCACCGUCCUAACAGCACCCCCACCACCACCUUUUCCCCUUACACUUCUUAUAUACAUCCUCAAACUAUUUUUGUCCCACAUAAUAUUCCAAACUCAUUCCCUCCACCGGACCCUUUCCAAUAUCACCACCAUAAUAUACCCCCAUUACCGCCUAUGCGUUCUCCAAAAUUAGAGUUACCCCUAUUUGAUGGAUCCAAUCCCUUAUAAUGGUUAUUCCAAGCUGAACAAUUUUUUGGAUUUUAUAAUCUCCCACCAGAAAAUCGUUUAUCACUUACUUCGUUUUAUAUGAAAGGUGAUGCAUUAUGGUGGUUUAAAUGGAUGUAUCAAAAUCAUUUGCUGACAGAUUGGAAUUCAUUUACUAGGGCUUAAGAACUAAGAUUUGGGCCCUCUACAUUUGAGAACCACCAAUCUGAGUUAUUUAAGUUAAAACAAAGUGGGUCUGUUAUGGAAUAUCAAACCAAAUUUGAAC